AUUCCGGAAGCGGUAUGGUGGCACGACCAGCUCUGGAGCUAAUUGGCAUUAAAAAAAAUAUAUCUAUAUAUAUAUCUGAUUUGGCGUUGUAUUAAAAUCCGUAUGAAUGUUUUUGGAGUCUGUCUGCAAAAAAGAGUAAUGAAUGAAGGCACCCGGGAGUCCACGAGAUGCUGUCAGUGAGCUAAGGAAGCAGUCGCAGCGUGAAAAUGUCGUUUUUUAGGCGGAAAGCUAAAGGAAAGGAACCAGAGAAAGCAGUAGAUCCGAAAGCAGGCAGAGAAGGCUCUGCACUGUCGCCCAACUCCCCCUCAAGGAAUCACCAUGCCAUCCUGGAGGCGGCUGGCCCGAGCCACGUGGCCAUCAGCGCCAUCUCUGCUAACAUGGACUCGUUCGCACGUGGCCGCACGGCCAUCCUCAAAAAGCAGCCCAGCCACAUGGAGGCAGCCCACUUCGGAGACCUGGGUUACUCCAGCGUGAACUAUCAGACACAGGAGACACGUUCACGGCUCUCUAAGACGGUGGAGCAGGUGCUCCGCGACGCCGUGGCGCUGCCCUACUAUCUGCACUUCAUGGUGACGCGCUCUGCCGAGCACCUGGCGCGCUUUUGGCUGGAGGCUGAGAGUUUCCGGUCCACCAGCUGGUCUCGCGUGCGCGCUCACAGCCUCAACUCGGUGAAGCACAGCUCCCUGGCUGAGACCGCCUCCACUCUGGGCUUCUUGACGUCUCCAGACUCUCCGCCGGCUCUCAGCAUCUCGCCCGGCUUAGAUGAAGGGGAAUACGAGGACACUUUUACUUCUCGGACACCUUCCAGUCCCCAGGACGCUAAUUCUCUUUGCGGGGCAGGACGCCGAGACUCUGUUAAUCACGAAGAAGGGUUGAGGCUGAGCCGACGCCCCUCUACUUCCUCGGCAUCCUCCAGGACGGGAACUCCAGUUAAAGGCCAGGCUCCGAAUACACUCCGCGAGCUGUCUGACAAGCUUAUGAAGAGUAUAGAGCGGGAUGCAGUCAACAUUUUUACUAAGUACGUGUCUCCAGACGCUUCUAGGCCCAUCCCGAUCACCGAGCAGAUCCGAAACGACAUUGUUGCUAAAAUCUGUGGAGAAGACGGUCAGGUGGACCCAAACUGCUUUGUUAUUGCGCAGUCAGUCGUGUUCACCAUUAUGGAGCAGCAGCACUUUAGCGAGUUCUUACGGAGCCAUUAUUUUUGCAAGUACCAGAUCGAGGUGCUGACCAGCGGUACUGUGUUCUUGGCAGACAUCAUGUUCUGUGAGUCCGCCCUCUUCUACUUCUCCGAGUACAUGGAGAAGGAGGAGGCAGUGAACAUCCUGCAGUUCUGGCUGGCUGCGGAUAACUUCCAGGUUCAGCUGGCUGCUAAAAAAGGACAAUACGAUGGACAGGAGGCACAGAAUGACGCCAUGAUCCUUUAUGACAAGUAUUUUUCACUCCAAGCCACAAAUCCGUUGGGUUUUGGUGACUCGGUUCGGAUGGAGAUUGAGUCGAAUAUCUGUCGAGAAGGCGGCCCCCUGCCUGACUGCUUCACCACUCCACUACGCCAGGCCUGGACCACCAUGGAGAAGGUCUACUUGCCAGGCUUCUUAUCCAGUGACCUGUACUACAAAUACUUGAGUGACCUUAUCAAUUCUGUACGGGCGGAUGAGUUCAUCGUGGGAAACUCGGCGGCGUUGGGUCAGGGCGCAACCAUGGACAGCGAACGUGGCUCCGGCAUCUCGGAAGGGUCGCAGGCCCAGCAGGGCUCCAAAAAAGUGGCUGUGAAAAUCCUGAAGAACUUCGAUGAAGCGAUAACGGUGGACAUUGCCAGUCUGGACCCCGAGUCUCUGUAUCAGAGACCAUACGCUGGAAGAAUGACCUUUGGAAAAGUUAACGAGCUGGGCCAGUUUAUCCGGGAAGCCGAGCCAGAACCGGACAUCAAGAAAUCCAAGGGUUCAAUGUUUUCCCAAGCAAUGAAGAAAUGGGUGCAAGGGGAAACAGACGAGGCUCAGGAGGAAAUGGCGUGGAAGAUUGCUAAGAUGAUAGUCAAUGAUGUCAUGCAGCAGGGACAGCAGGAGAGCCCACGUCCAACAUCCAGUCAGCUGUGACUUUGUGUGCUGAUGAAGAGGGAAGACUCGCUCUGCUCUCAGCCUCCCAGCUGCUGCCAUCAGAGCCAGAAAUCUGGAGAUAAAACUGCACACCCCAAUGCAUUUCCCCAAAUGACGAGUUAUGUAAUAAUGAAGCUAAAACAAAGUGCUGCAGUCUCACAACCUCCUCUGAAAUUGUGUGUGUGUGUGUGUGUGUGUGUGUGUGUGUGUGUGUGUGUACACUUGGGGCCAUGUGACCAACAUUUCAAGCAUUAUGAAAGCUUUCUUUUAACCUAAGAAGAGGAGCCCAAAUAAAAAUAGCAAGCAUGAAUGGAACCAGAUGUACAAGAGAGGUGGACUUCCAGAACAAACUCCCGAACGGACAGUGAAGCGAGAUGAACACGGAGAUAAAACGAGUCCGCUGUGUUAUGCUGUUACCAUGCCAAGUGCAGAAAAACCUGAACAAAGUCACCAUGAAGCCCAGGUUACUCCAAUCCCUGACCGGUCCUUGUUUCUUAUCUUCCCUUAGAAGUUUCUUUCCUCCGUUUUUAUGAGGAUGGUUACAAUAGCUGUCUUUUUUUUUUUUUUUUUAAAUAGUGCAAAGAUUUACUCAUGGUGGCUAUGUAUAGUUUUUUUUGCAGGCGUGUAGGUAUUGCUGUGCCAUUAAACUGGACUACGACAGCAGGUUUUUAUCAUCGAGAAGCUGAAUGGACCGAUACGUUGUUAGUUUAAGUUGAUUUAAACUGACUGAUUAAGCUGCAUCUUAAACUUCCCUCCAUGUCGACUCCAGAAUCGGCUCCACUCUGUAGUCUUACUCCAACAUGGACAAGCGCUAGUGCAAUGUUAAACCCCCAUGUCUCCAGUCUAUGAUGAUGUAGCUUUCUGGUUUGGAUUAAUGUAACUUCUUUGUCUGUCCCCCCUUUUUUUUUCCUUUUUUUCUUUUUUUAAAUGAGUUGUCACGUGUGUGUCUAAGUGAAUUCCAGUCAUGCCUGUUCCUUGGGAAUAGCGGACUCUGAAGAUGCAACAAUACUGCUUUGGACCUCGGCGAGAUGUGGAGAUGAACCAGAAACAGAUGGACUUUUGGUACUAUGUACCAUUUAUUAUGUUUUCUGACAUGUAUGUGUACUUAAUCUAUAAAAUAUUUAAAUUGUGUUUGAUUUAAAUAUAUAUAUACAUUAUUGAAA